CACAAUGUUUUCCAAAAAUUGUACCAAGGUGAAAGUGACAAAACGAAAAAGCUUUAUCUCAACGGAGUAACUACUAUUUUCAAAAAACUGUUAUUAUAUGAUAUGUUCUGUGCCAUGUUUUCGUUCAGAACUAAUACAAAAAACUGUCGUCGUAGCUAGAAUAGGAACUUUAAAAUUUUUAUGUGUUUCCUUUUUAGUUGUAAAUUGUUGAAUUCCUUUUUAAAAAUAAUUAGAAUCAAUGUAGGGAAACAGGAUUGUUGUUAAAUUAAAUAUGGAAUAUCAUUACUCCGAAAUAUGUAUGCCAUCCGAUCAUCUAACAGAUUACACACCCCCUUUCAUCAUUCCCACGCAUGAAGGGGAAUAUGAAGCACGUAACAGUGUACUCGUGGAUGGAGGAGAGAGAUUUGGAGUUUCGGCAGUUGUGUUCGAUAAACAUGAAGAGUUGAUAUGGAUGGGGAAUCAGGGUGGUCAUGUAACAUCCUACUACGGUCCAAAUAUGCAAAAGUACACAUCAUUUCAAGUACACGAUACUGAUGAAGUUAGAGAUAUUAUCACUGUUGAAAAAUGUAUUUAUGUUUUGACCAAAACAACUCUACGCCAUCAGUUACGUAGAGGUAUACCUAAGCACACGCACAAAUCACCAAACAUGACAGACAUGCAAUGCCUGUAUCAAGUGAACUCUACAAAAUUAUUGAUGGGCGGACACCAAGACAAACUAAUCGAUUUGGACCUUAAUAAAAUGGUUGAAACUAUCAUUCCAAUACAAGAGGAAGGCUGUGCGGUAUUAAGAAGCGGUGGUAGCAGUCACGUCGCUUGUGGUAGUGCUAACGGUAUAGUGGCAUUGCGGGAUAUGCGUGCUCCUACAAAAGCUGAGCAUACAUUCAGAGCACACACGGCUUGUCUAUCUGAUCUGGAUAUGCAAGGAGAUCUGUUGCUCACAUGUGGAUUUACUCAGGCCGUUGGAGGGGUAGUCGCAGAACCCUACAUAGUGGUCUGGGACGUCCGAUGUCUACGCGGCAGUAACCCUGGACAAGGAGGUUGGACCAUUCAUACCACAUCACCGCCACUGCUACUUCACUUCCUGCCGGCGUUCUCUGGUAGGGCAGUAGCUGCUUCGGGCGACGGACACGUCAGUUUGUUACACGUGAACGCACCUGAAGAAAGGCAGUCAAUUUUUAAGGUAGAGACGCACAGUUCACAGUGCAAUGUGAUGGACGUUGCGUCGACGAGUCAAGCCCUCGCUUUCGGCGACCAAUCAGGACAUUUAAAUCUUUUCUCACCGACGCAGAAUCACGAACCUGUAUACAAUAAUUUUUCAAGGUCAACAGAGUUCGCGGAUCCAGUGGAAGGUCUACCUUACGUUCGGUUCAGCGACACCAGGUUCCAGUACUCGUCGGUGCCACUACCUCAGUUGGCGAGCGGCGGGAAAUGGUUCAAUGAAUUGCCACCGGAAUUCUUUAGGAAAGUGUAUAGAAAACCAAAGCCAGUCGAUCCUGAAGUUUUGAAAUCGAUGAAAAUGCAAGGUCCAAUAGGAUACGCGCCUAAUCCGAAAACUUUUAAAAGGAAUCAGAUGCCGUACCUUGAAGAAUCGUUAGAAGAAAUGAGUAUAUCAAAAAUAAAUGGAAAUAAAGUAAUAAUGCAGCCGAUACCGAAACAUUAUCAGAAGCUCGACAUACGAUAUAAUAAGCACGGUCCGAAUGAAGAAUUAGAGAGUUUCAAUAAAACAGGUCAGCCCGGACUGGAAGCGACAUUACCGAAUUCAUACUGCAAUGCCAUGUUACAGGUUUUGUACUACACGCCGCCGGUCAAAGCCACGUUGCUAGCGCACACGUGCGCCAAAGAGUUCUGUUUGAGCUGCGAAUUAGGUUUUCUAUUUCGCAUGCUGGACACGUCUGGCGGCACCCCUUGUCAGGCCACAAACUUCCUACGCGCGUUUCGUACGGUCCCCGAAGCGGCUGCCCUAGGACUGAUACUGCCGGAUCGAGCGCCCGACAUAAGAGUCGAUUUGGUAGCCUUAAUACAGAGCUGGAACCGCUUCAUCCUGCACCAGAUUCAUUACGAGAUCCUCGAGACCCGUAAGAAGGAGAAGGAGUUAGCGCUGAUAGCGAACAGUCCGCCCAAAGCACCACGCGCGUCCAACCCGAAGGAACGUCACUCGCUAAUGAACGGACAGUACUCCGAGGAGUGUCAGUAUACCGAACUGGAGUUCUUGGGACCCACCGAAUUUGAUUGUCAAGAGGAUGGCGAACUCUGGCCGGGCAGGGAUGAAGGCGUCGACGGCGUGGGGCCGUUGCAAAACCACGAAAGUCACGAGCUGAACAACCGACAGGCGCACCGGGAGGAGACCGAGAUCUCGCAGCUGUUCGCCAUCGGUCGGCAUCAGCUCAACCGCUGCUUGAAGUGCAACAAGGAGGAGGGCAGGGAGUCGGUGGUGCUGGCGUGCGCCCUGCAGUACCCGCCGACGGGCGCGGGCGGCGCCGGGGAGGCGAGGGGCGGAUUCGUCGAACUCGUGCGCGCGUCGCUGGCGGCGCGGCGGAGCACGCCGGCGUGGUGCGACCACUGCUCGCGGUUCACACCGACCACGCAGCGAGGGCGACUGCUGCGACUACCUCCUAUAUUGGCGAUUAAUUGUGGAGGAGUUACGGUCAGAGAGAAAGCGUAUUGGGCUAAAGGAGUACAAAAGGAAAUGUCCGAUUCGAAAAGAGGGGGCAGCGGGAAACCGUGUCGCUACGGCUUACAUUGCGCACGACCGGGUUGUCAUUUCAAACAUCCCGAUCGGCCGAAUACAUCACAAAGUUCUUCCAAGGGCUCGAGCCAGGAGUCGCACUGCAUGCUGCCGCUUCAGCUGCUCAUCCGGCUUCAGUCAGACGGUGACGUCAUCAUCAACGACAAGAUCGAAACUAAUUCAGCGGAGAGUUCGCCGAUCAACCGACCGGACACGAGCAGGCACAAAAAGAAGUACGUGACCACGCACCUCGAGGAGGAGUACUCGCUCUCGGCCGCCGUCGUCUGCGUCGAGGACAACCCUAAGAACUUGGUCGCCUACAUACACACGGUCCGGGACGGCGAAACUCAAUGGUUCAUGUACAACGAUCUAUGUAUCGUUCCGGUGAGUACGGACGAGGUGAUACAUUUCGGCGUGUGGUGGAAAACGCCUUGCGUGCUAUUCUACACGGCGACCGGCGGCGGACAGUGCAACGGUGACGUCAGCUCAUAGCCGACGCUCUUGUAUGGGCCAUACACUACGCGUACCGCAGGCCCAUACAGCAUGGAACAAACUUACUAUUGUGUACGUCCGCCAACGCAGUACGACUACGUUUGAAAUUUCCUCAUAGAUGUAAGUUUAGUGAAUAUUAAGGUGAUUACGCGAACAAACGCUUGUUUGCAGUACGUGUGAUGGUCGAGUCUGAAAUGAAUUGGAUAAUGAAGUCUUAUCAACGGGUCGUUCGUGUUGCGCGAAAUUAAGUCUUAUCGCACUUACGUAAGAUUGAAAUUGUGUUUCCGAGACAGCGAUUAAUUAGGUCUUGCCAGGGAUUAUUCAUUUACCAACUACAUACUUUUAGGGAAUUUCGAAACUAAUCGAACGAACAUUGCGCUAAUGCACAGAUCUCACUUUUAUUUUUGUAUAAUAAUUAGUACAUGCUCUAUGUGACUUUAAAAAAAAACAUAAGUUAAUAAUUUUUUUUGUCGGUCCAAUGAAAUAAUAAUACAGUCAACAUUGUUAACGCGCGAUUUUUACUGUACAGUAAUUUGGAGAUUUUAAAUCAUUAAUAAUACGUUUCGAUUUGUCAUAAAUAGAGGGCGUACAGUUUUUUUUUUUUAAUUAAAAAAAUUCAAUGGAUUUAAAGGGCUCUUGUAGGCUGUGUAGUAUUUAUAAUUGUGUAUUACGUUAUUAAAGUUUUAGUUCGUAUAUCAUUUUGCAUAUUUAUGCAUUCCAUUGGUUUUACACAAAACGACUGAUUGUAUAGGAACUGUGGCCAAUGAAGACAAAUUAAGACGGUAUUCGUUUACAUUAAUUUGAAUAUGUCAAAAAUCACCAUUUGUAUAUCUAUUAAAAUUUACCUACAUAUAUUAAAAAAAAAAAACAUUCGGCACCCGUUGAAGAGACUUAACAUAUGGCUACACUGUGCUGUCAUUUUAAAAACACAUUUAUUGAUAUGUCAACUAAAACAAAAACCCGCGAAGAAAACAGACUUUUUUUUUUAAACCAAUUGACAUUUGUCAAACGUCACAUAUAUUUUUUUAAUCUGUAUCGUGUAAUGUAUAUUUUUUUUAAUGGCGGCGUCAAAUAAAUUUUGUGAUAUGAAACGUAAAGACCGUUACUAUUGCAAUGAAGAUGCCUUUAUCGGUUAUACGAUCCAUCGCAAUCAGGUCUCUGCCAAACUACGAAUACAUAUAGAUGAAUAUGUUUCUCAAUUAAAUGAUAUGUGUAUGUGUGUCCUGUCCUAAUCACGAGACGCAAAAUAUAGAUUAUGUCGCGUGAUUUAAUAUUUUCAGAUUGUCAAUUCGUAAUGAAUUUACCCAUAUAAAUUUUCGUUGAUAAAAAGGUCCAAUCUUCAUUGAAACAAAAAAAGUUUUUUUUUGGGUCGUGCAUAUUUGGUUGGUAGUCCUAAUGAAAAUACAAAACUAAAGAUGAAAUUCUUCAAAAAAUCUGUUAUCGUAAAAAAAGUCAUUUAAAAUUGAUAGUAAAAAAAAGUAGAUCGUACUUUUUUUUUUAAAGGGAUUUUAUGACCUGGUAACUAAGACCUUUAAGUCAUGUCUUAUUUUAAUUUAUUCUUAUUUUUAUGAAAAAUGAUAAUAUGGAGUGAAAUGAAAUGAAAUGAAAAUUAUUAAUUUGAGACAUAUAUCUACUGGGAUGAAAUGAGAUGAUAUGAGAUGAAAUAUAAUCUCAGUAAAAUGGUGGUCAUUUACUGAGAUUUUUUCACCGUACAUUUAACGAUUCUUUUUUUGUCAAUAUAUCAUUUCCGACGUUUCCAAUACAUAACCGUUUUCAUCGUCGUGACGACGUAUAAAUAGUUUUAAUUAUGUCUGAAGAAAAUAUUGCACGGUUAUGUGUUUUUUUUUUAUUCCGGCCUCGACUCCAUUACAUUUAAGUUUUCUUUAUUCCAAAGUACAAUAGAACGGAAUACAAUUUGAAAAUUUUAAGAUACAUUGAUAUUUUGAUAUUAAUACUUUAUGUUUUCUAAAAUCAAGCGUUGUUCUGUUGUGAUGGAUCGUUGUAACUCUUUUUUUAAUAAUAUUAAUAUAAAUUUCGCGUAGUUUUUUUUUAACAAACGCACACGUAUUGGCCUUUGCGAUAUAUAAAUAUAUAUGUUUAUUCAUACAACGCCUGGUUUUGUUUUAUAAAAGUUCGCUGAUAACAUGAACCCACUCGAUUCGUAUUUGUACGAAUCUCAUUCAAUUAAAAAUACAUAAUUUGAUUUCCGGAAUGUUUAGACUUAAACUCAUUUCUUGAGCCCAUAGACAUAUCCUUGAGAUAUGACGGCUUUUCCUACCGUUGAAAUUGAAACGUAAGAUAUUAUCGCGACGAAUAUAAUCAGUAUGGUAGUACCUACUAGAGUGCAGGCUUACUAACAUAUCACAUUAAAAUAGCAUAAUAAAAACAAAUAAGAAAUACAUAUUUCACUCAGUUGUGCACUUUUUAUUCUAAAGUAUGGGCACUCACAGUAGGCAGCGGCUUGGCUCUUCCUCUGGCGUUGCUGAAGUCCAUGGGCGACGGUAACCACUCACCAUCAGGUGGGCUGUAUGCUCGUCUGCCUAUAAGGGCAAUAAAAAAUGAUUAAUUAAUUACAAUUGCAAAAUGACCAAAUGCUCCGCGACCAAUGACUAACGUGACGUCAUUAAACAUACCGUGGCCGGUGGCUGUCAAAGUGUUAACCAAACUGUUCUAAAAGUAGGUGAAGGGUUAAUCAACGGUUUAUAUUAUAAAUACGUAUAAACCACAAUUUACACAACUCACAACAACAUUAAACCAAUAUACAGGCAAUAACGUAUGUUGUAUAUUUUCAAUAUAACCUUUUUUCUAUCGCCGAGGCCAUACAUCGUGCGUAAAUAAAUCACUGCAAAAAAAAUAAUAGAGAAAGAUAUAAAAUACAAAUGUAUGGAGAUUGUAAUGGAGUGACAAUCAUCGGAACUUCAUGAAAAACAUGGCUAAGAAUUCCGUCGUUUAAAAUAAUGAACUAAAAAUAAUAAAAACAAAACGAAUUACCAAACAUGAUUGUUGCUUUAAUAAGAAUCAAUAUUAAUUUAAUAAAAAUCAAAUCAAUACGGCGAUGAUGACAUCGAAAGGUCUUUUUACAGAAUUGGAUAAUUCUAAAUAAUAUAAUAGUAAUAAAAAAAGCCUUAAAUGCUACCGUUGUACGUUUGAGACAACGCUUGAGAAGGCCUUAAAGAAGAAAAGACCAAGGCCUUAUAUCAAUUAGAAAAAGAAAAAAACUCAACUUGGUACAAAAAUUUUAAGAAGCAUAAUAAAUAAGUGCAAUCUCGAUUCCCUUGUAACCUCGACAAAAAUUCUUAUGAAAAAUGCGAAAUAAAUAAUUAUAUUUCUACAGAUUUAUAUUUACAAUUACAUACAUGUUCACGUCACACAUUGAUGUGAUAUAUAUAUAUUUUUGGAAUGACACCCGAAUAAUGGCGGAUAUGUAGACAAUCAUACGAAAAGUGACAUUGAUUCACAGAUUAUGCAACUUGUUUUUUUUUUAAGACCGUCAUGUCAAACCUGUAAAACCAUAUCGAUAAGACUGGUUAUACCAAUAGUUUAUUCUAUUCAAAUCCAUAUACUUAAAUUUUUCGUCGCUGUGAUGAAAGAAGCUUGGAAUGUGGGAAGUACCGUAAGCUUUUAUCAAACAAUAUAAUGUAAUGGCGUCAUAUUUAUAUCUUGUGUUCAUUGAUUUAGUGUAUUUUCUUUGAUUCUCAAUAACCAUAUAAAAUAAAUGUUGAUGAAACAGUAUAGAACAGUAACGGUGUACUAACAUAAGUUGACAUGUUACCUAGUCAAUUUCACGGUAUGAUAAUGCAUUAGAUUUGGAUCAGUUUUUUUAAAUCGUAUCUGCAACUAAUAAUACAAAUACAACUGUAAUGUUGCCAAAUGAUAAAUCAUUUCAAUGUGUGACAAUAUUUUAAGAUGAAAUGAAAAGUUAUUGUUUUUUUUUUAAAUAUCGAAACGUACGUAUGACAUGAACGAACAAAAUAUUUUAUUAAAAAGUUAAAAAUAUAACAGAUCGAAGGCAAAAAUCGAUGUAUUGUUAAAAGAAAAAAAGUCAAAUCACGAUCAGUAUUUCUAUUUUUUCAAACAAUAUUCCGCUUGUACGGUGGCUGGUUUUAAAAUAAAUAAAAAGAUAUUUUCACAA